AUGCAGACCCUGCCUACAGAGUUGUUGCGCCAGGUAGGUCAGGGCUUGCAGAGUGCUACAGAUCAACCGGCCUACAAGCACCUGGCUGGCCUGUCGAUAUGCUCGCACUUUCUCCACAGUGUCACCGAACCUCUGCUCUACCGGGACAGCACGAUCUUGUCCGGCAAUCAGUCUGAUGUUCCUCUCGCAGCUCUGACGGCUAGCAGAGAACGAUGUAGCUAUCUGCGUCAGCUCACUGUCGGGAGUUGCUCGCAAGCUCAGCCGGUGUCUGACCAUGACCCGAAUCAGCUCGAUGCUGUCAUCAUGCGUGCAGACAGACUCACAUCACUCGUGUGGCACAGACCAACCAUGUCAGACGCUAUCAAGGCUUGGCUCGCUACCUCUGACUUGCAAAGCCUACAAGUCCACGGACAUCUUUUCGAGUCAUCUGAUGGUUGCAGUCUACAAGUAUUUGGUACCGUCGAAACGCUACACCUACAGCAUCCGACUGACGCGUCUCUACUAUGCUUGGCUGCACACAUUGGCAAUGGGCAACUGCGCAGGCUGACCGACUUGACCAUCGAUUGUGCCCGAGCGAACACGUCAUGGGCAUUCGAAGCGGCUAGCUGGGCGACCUUCGUCGAUGCUCUCCUCAGCAGCUCGAUAAGGCUCCACACGCUCGAGUACAUUGCUCCUGAUAUCGCAUACAAGUACGAUGGCGACGGCGCACAACUCGGCCAGAGCUUACGCGAUUUGCUAGCUGCACAGCCCUUGUGCAAGCUCAAGGUGACCGGCUAUACCGGCUGGUCAGACUAUCACUACGAUCUCGUGCUGCCCGCUCUCACUGAGCUCCGUAUCUCUGUCGAUGCUGUACGACGAGCGGGCGCCUAUUUCGACGAAGAUCAGGCCUACUACAUCGAACGAGCCUUCAUCGACGAUUCACUGUCGGAUCUCAUCAGGCGACUCGACGUCACAGCGCCAGCCUUGCAAAAGCUUGUCCUGAGAGGCGAUCCUCGGAAGACAUAUGUCUUUCCCGUGGACGUGGUCGCCGUGCUCGUCAAUGCUCGUUUCUGGCCACACAUCACGUACUUCGAGCUACACGACGUACAGCUGGACGCAAGUGCGCUGCUUCGACUUUGUACGGCCAGCAGCGAGAGACUGAGGGCGAUAAGCUUCAAGCUGACGUACAAUACCGAUCCACAUGUCAUCUGCAUGCUCUGUGCGAUGCCACAGCUCUACUCGAUCCGAAUCGAUUGCAGCGCGGAAAGCAUGAGCAGCAAAACGUAUCAUGAGAUCUUUGACUGGCUCGCUCAGCGCCUCCCACGACUACGCUACAUCGGUUGCUUUGACACCCAAGAGAGCUCGAGGCUCCAAUAUGCUUGUCAAGUCGACCGUCUAGAUGCAAUGAAGUCGCCUGCCCGACCGCGCAUCGUCGCAACGCCCGAGGCUCAGGAGCACUUUGCCCUUGCUUCAAGGCGUCUAUGA